GUACUACUAGGAUCUGACUACCAGCCGCCAUGCAGCGAACUUGCCCGCCCUCUACGAUUAUUUUGCAAUAUCAUCUCUAGCCAAGCCCAAGGGGGCUCCUGCACAGUGCGGUGGUACGCUUUCGCAAACCAUGCACGUCCGUCAAACGCGAGGUAGCGUGUCAACUUCCCCUCCACUCAACCUUGCUUCGAAGCGCCCCGACCGCCUUGAAAUUGAUCCUAAUCUCGACAAACGUCGUGAAAGGUCGAAUCUGACUGGCUCAUUACAGAUAGCCGCCGUGUUCGACGUCAGUCGGGGAUGGCUUGCUUCCCAUCAUCUCAGAACGGAGCCGAGCAGAGAGCGCGCAUCACCGCGGAACACUACUCCCACAAAACUUUUGCGAUUUUCCGCCCGCUUUCUUGCAACUUGGUCGAAGCUCCGUCUGCACAAUGUAGAGUCCGCAGGGCCUUUGACUGCCCUGUCAAGCAUCUUUGAUAUCAACCCACAGCUGCCUGGCAGGCUCUCUGGGUUGGUAUGUCGAAUGAUGUUUGAUGGUCUAUUCCACCUCGGAUCUCGCCAAAUCCAAAAGGACUGAUCUUCUCAGCGAUGUCCGCCGCGGCGCAUGCGUUACACUAGCCUAGCUCCUACAGCGCGUCGCGGAAGCAGAGUUAUUCUCUCAUCGCCACGAGAUUGUUACCUCUGCGGCCUUCAGCUGCUUCGAUCGGCACCCGUGUUUUUACGUUGUGGGGAGCUUCCAAAGUAGCUCCCACUCUGGACCCUUCCGUCCACUGGCUCAAACAUCGCCAACGCAUCACCCAGGUCUUUUGCUCCAGAGCCUCAGUACCAGCUUGCAUGUGUCCUUGAAGCGCUAAAUAAUUGUCAUUGGCUUACCGCUGCGCCGGUCUUCCCUCGGUGCAGGUUUCAAUGCUCCGCCAUAUCCAUCGGCUGCAAUUUAAUCCAUGUGUCCGCCGUUAUUGCGGUUGCCAUUCCCUUUUGUUCCUUUUGCAGACCACUCGACGUUUCUUAUUUUUCAUACUGUAACUGCUCUUUUCAGACUCGAGACAGCUGGCAAUUCCUCUUUGGACAAAGAUUGGAAAAUUCUCCUAGAGGACAUUUCUCUAUUGCACGACAGCCUCCACGAGCAAUCCGUCGCGCUCUCGCCUUUUCGUCGGCCUUUUUUGUGUGGCUAAAUUGCUCACGCCACGAGACUUCCCAUACGAAUUUGGCCCUUUGCAGUCGCCUCUGCAUCGUUACUGAUCUUUAUCUCUGCUAUCUUCACAUCAUUGGCAAGAUGUUCUAUAUCAUGUAUUUGACGAAUCUAUGCCACCGGAGACGGUGGGCGGACCCACUCUUUGAAACCCACCACACUCGACGGGGCUGGACCUGCCGCGUACGAGUUAACAACCGCGAAUACACGUGCGAUACUGCAUAUGCAAGUGAAGAGCUUGCCCGUGACAAAGCAGCAGAGUCCGCGUACAUGAUCUGCCGAAACUUUUCCGUCAACGACGGCAUGUACCCCGGUCAGAAGCAAGGACAAGCUGGCGUCGUCCAAGGCUUACCAGUGGCAAUUGGCACGGGUCGACGUAGUCGAUACAAAAAUGACUACGAAAGUACCAGCAGCUACAGCGGGAGCAGUAGUGGUGACAGCAGCCCUAGAACCAGUGACACCGAACUAGAUACAACUGAUGCCCGAAGGCCAAGUGCUUCGACAAACGCCGUUCCUGCAGAAUCUGCAACCGUGUGCUACUGUCGAAGAGCAUACGUCAGCCUACACGGUCGAUGCGAGUACUGCGUGCGUGAAGCACAAUGGUACUAGAUACUUUACAGCCUUCCGCAAACAAGAAUACCAAGACAAUGACGAUUACGAACAUGACGACGAAACGACUUUUGCAUUAACCUGUUCAGCCACGAAUCUCAUUAUAGACUGCCAAAGCUAUGGAUCACUCCAGUUUCCACCUUAGCCAUCCGAAUAAACGAAAGGACGAUUAACGGUGUUCAUGAUCACGAUGACGAACCUUUCCUUUGCUUCUCCAGUUUCCGCGUCGACCCUAAGACGAAUGCAUGAAUGGCUGUGGCAGCGAUGCCUCGGCUAAAAUGUUCUUAUGAUGCCACUGAAUCUUUAGCAUUUUCGCAAAAUAUCAACGAUCUGUGCGCUCGAAGCAUCUUGAUCGCCAGCCAAGGAGCAUCUGAUGUUUCCUCCUUUGACUGGUUAAUGACUGGUGGAGAAAAUUUCCAGCGUUCAACGACAUCAGCAUGUGUCUGGCGGCUAUUCUUUUGAGCGAAUUGAAAACAUCCCCGAAAAUGAAAGGAAAAAUGUUUCUUGAGCGUCAAAGGUUGCGGGUUUACAUGAUUUUUUUUUUUCUUUUUAUUUUCCUUUCAAAAUGGCUCUUCUUAUCUCUAUCUGGCGCGUAUGCAUGGCUGUGACACUUCGCGAGACAGAGUUUGAACCCUGGGGAAUGAUGAUACUAAUGUUCUCUUGUUUCGAGCAGACAGCGUAUCCUUUUAACGAUGAACUGUAUUUACAAAUGAUCUGAGCACUUCAAAGGGUCUUUUAUUCAAACUCGUGGUCUUAAUCUUCCUUUGCUUGUCUUCGAAUGUGCUUUUCCUUCACCCGAUGUCUGUAACUUUAUUUCUUGCUUGCUUACACUUGACUUGUCUGAUCGACAUAGAAUGAUCAAGUUAGCUGGCCGUGUAUGGAUUUGAGUAAUUUUUCCCAAAUAAUGAAGAUCAG